UUCAGCCGACAUGAAGGGGCUCACUGUGGUAGCACUGCUCAGCCUGGCGGCCCUAGCCGCUGGGUACGUGGUCGUGCCGGAAGGCAAGGUAACCUACGCGGACAAAGAUUUCCUGGUGAAGCAGAAGCAGAUGCUGGAGGUGUUCCAGCACGUGCACCAGCACGAGGUGCACACCGAGCUGUGGGAAGUGUCGAAGGCGUACGACAUCGAGCAGCACUACGACCAGUACAGCAAUGUGGAGGCGGUGAAAGAGUUCGUGACGCUGUACAAGCACGGCCUGCUGCCGUUCGACGAGAUCUUCUCCGUGUUCGACGAUCAUCAUCGCGAGCAGGCGAUCGCCCUGUUCCAUCUGUUCUACUACGCGAAGGAUUGGGAGACGUUCUACAAGUCGGUCGUUUGGGCCCGCUUCCACGUGAACGAGGGCAUGUUUGUGUACGCGGUCACCGUGGCGGUGCUGCACCGUAAGGAUCUGGCCGGUCUGGAGCUGCCGGCACCGUACGAGAUCUACCCGUACUACUUCUUCAACACGGAGGUGGUCCAGAAGGCGGCCCAGUACAAGAUGCAGGGCUUCCCCGGGGUGAAGAAGGUGGACGACGUGUACACGGUCGUCAUCCCGACCAACUACACCGGCUGGUACGUGCACACGAACGUCGCCCAGAAGGUGUCGUACUUCACGGAGGACAUUGGCCUGAACACGUACUACUACUACUUCCACGCCGACUACCCGUUCUGGAUGGGCGGCAAGGAGUACGGACUGUACAAGGAUCGCCGUGGUGAGCUGUAUCUGUUCAAGCACCAGCAGCUGCUCGCCCGCUACUACCUGGAGCGGCUGUCGAACGAUCUCGGCACGAUUCCGGAGUUUUCGUGGUUCAAGCCGAUCGUCACCGGGUACUACCCGAACAUGCACUACUACAACGGUGUUAGCUUCCCGUCCCGCGACAACUACUACGAGGUGUACACGCCGGAGCACUACGAAGACGUGGAGGAGGUGGUGGAGUACGAGCACCGCAUCCGCGAGGCCAUCGAUCUGGGCUACAUUGUGCUGCCCGACGGACGCCACGUCGAUCUGACCAAGCCCGAGUCGGUCGAGUACCUGGGCAACCUGAUCCAGUCCAACCCGGACAGUGUGAACAGCCGGUUCUACAAGUACGUCGGAUGGUUCGCGCGCAUCCUGCUGGGCGGAUCGAUCGAGCACUUCGAAAACCACAAGGUGCUGCCGGGUGUGCUCGAGCACUACGAGACGUCCCUGCGCGACCCGAUGUUCUACCAGCUGUACAAGCGCAUCAUCCAGUGGUACUGGGAGUUCAAGGACCAUCUGCAGCCGUACACGAAGGAGGAGCUGACCUUCGGCGAGCUGAAGUUCGAGACGGUCAAGGUCGACAAGCUGGUGACGUACUUCGACCGCUCCGAUGCGGACAUCACGAACGCGGUCGACGUGGAGGUGUUCGACGAGAGCUCGAUGAAGGCGGGCGAGAUGAAGAAGUUCGGCAAGAUCGCCCACUACCAGGGCGAGGACUUUGUGAUCAAGGCGCGCCAGUGGCGCCUGAACCAUAUGCCGUUCACCGUGGAGUACAGCGUGGUCGCGGAGAAGCCGGUCAAGGGUGUGGUGCGCAUGUACCUCGGCCCGAAGUACGACCAGUACGGGCACGCGUACGGUGUGAACGAGAACCGCGAGAACUUUGUGCUGCUCGACACGUUCGAGUGGGAGUUCAAGCAGGGCCAGAAUGUGUUUGUCCGCGAGUCGACCCAGUUCCCGCUGUACGUGCAGGACCGCACGCCGUACUUCGAGCUGUACAAGUGGGUGAUGGACGCGUACAACGGUAAGCGCCAGUUCCCGCUCGACAUGACCGAGGCGCACUGCGGCUUCCCGUCCCGCCUGAUGCUGCCCAAGGGCAAGAAGGGCGGCAUGCCGUUCCAGCUGUACUUCAUCGUGUCGCCGUACCAUGCGCCGGCCGUGCCGCAGCACGAGGGCUACGAUUACACGCUCAACUGUGGCGUCGCUUCCGGUGCGCGCUACAUCGAUUCGCUGCCGUUCGGCUAUCCGUUCGAUCGCCCGAUCGACGAGAAGGUUUGGUUCACGCCGAACAUGUACUACCUCGAUACGAUGAUCUUCCACAAGAAGGAGGCGGAAAUCAAUGCCGUUCACUAAGGUGAUUGCGGAAGACAUCGGAAGGGAUUUGGUUUACGCAAAUGAAUGGAAGAAAUAAAACUAGCGAUAGAAUGAAUUA